GAACUUCUUCACGGCACAAUGAAAACGCGUACAAAAUUCCACAGUAUCGAUAAAUGUCGGCUUUCUUCGCUUCUACUUCAACCUUUCUUGCUCAUUGUUUCGCCAGAAAAAAUCAGGAGAUAGGAUGCUAUGAACAACUAAAGCGACAAAAUGGCUGAAUCCCAAAACGUUAGUUCCUUGCCUCUGCCGCCAGUGCAAUACAUAAACAAUUACACUGAUGAGCGGGUGAAAAAUGGCACAGCGCCCGGACCCCCUGUACCAGUCAGUGAAAACUACAACAUGUUUGGGGCUGUGUUUACCCCAGACGACGUCAUCAUCAGGUCUCUGGAAUCGCAGAAUCUGCGUCGUCUCCACCCGAAGGUCUUCGAUCAUAGAAAAGAGUUGAAGAAGAUCAACCAUUCCAUCCUCUUCAAUUUUCUGGACAUGCUGGACGUGAUGGUCGCAGCUCCGGGGAGCAAGAAACGGGAGGAGAAAAUUGACGACAUCAAGCUGUUGUUCAUCCACAUGCAUCACCUGAUCAACGAGUUCCGGCCGCACCAGGCCAGAGAGACGCUGCGGGUCAUGAUGGAGGUGCAGAAGAGACAGCGGCUGGAGACGGCCGAACGCUUCCAGAAACACCUGGAGAAAGUGACGGAAAUACUGCAGAGCUGCUUCGGGUCCUUGCCGGACAACAUGGGACACAUCGACAGCAAGAUCGCCGCAAGGAUGGAACCCCAAGCUGAGGAGAGUGUGAUAAUGACUGAGGUGGAUUCCAAGGAGAAACAGGAAGAAACUAACGGACAGAAGGAGCUAGAGGCUUCCUUUUAUCACAAGGACAAGUUGAUGUGUAAUCUUGUAGACUCAAUAUAAUUUUUUUGUGGGUGUAAAUACUUGAAUAAAAGUCCAGUAUUGUGCAGACAAGGGAAAUACGCUCAUUGGAAAACAAGUGAACUGAAUUCAAUCGUGGUCCUUCACUUGGAGAAGCAUUGAACAGUUGUACAUUUUAAAGUAGAAUGAAUUAAUAAUUAUUACCUAGUACAUGUUUAUGAUUUUUUAAACUAGUCACAGCACUCUCCUUUUCAGGAACGAUAGAAACAGUACCUUUACAGGAAAGAGUUCCAUACAUUAAACCUGGACAUCACUUGACACCCUGUGCACAAACCCUAUGAGACUGGUCUAAGAAAUUCCAAGUGUUUUCUCAGUAAAUGCUUCAGUAUGUUCCCUUCUAAAUUUAACUUUUUAGGACAUGUUAUCGCUUUCUGAUGGCUGAUAGGUCACUGCAGGAAAAAAAUUAGUGAUGUCCAUGUAUGGAAUUCUUCCCCUGUUGCAAUGUAUUGCUAGAAUCAUUCUAGGUGCUCCCAGCCUUUAAAGAUGCAUUGUACCAUGAUCAUUACCAUUGCGUACAUGUUUUCUUAUUAAAGUAGUCUGAAGAAAAAUUAUUAUGAACAUGUUUGUACUUCACUACCAACCAUAGAUAUCUAAAUAUCAGCGAACAACACAAUCUUGAUCAAAUAUUUUGAGUGACCCGCCACUUGCUUUGUUUCUAAAUACAGCAGUGGCCCUUGCAUAUCUUUUCUGUUUUGUCAUUCAAAUGAACUUUAAAUGUUCUAUUUAGCACUUGCUGAAUUCAUCCAAGUGUCAAAUUAUAAAUUUAUAAAACAAAUCUUUGUGGAAAUGUAUUAUUUUUCAUGCACCAUUAUCAUUUUCAUGCUAAAAUGAAAAUUUGUCUUGAGUGCAUGUUAUUCCACUUUGAUGUGCUUGAUUAAAAGACCCCCUGUAACGUCAUGAAAA